AGAAGAAGAAGAAGUGGAAGUGGAAGUGGAAGUGGAAGUGAGGAGCACUGCUGACGUUUGAGUAAUUCUAGUGUUUACUACGACAUCCCACACUCCAAGCAUCCGCACAAGUCCAUGCUGCUACGCGGGCUCAAACUUCCCAAGACAGUUCUUGACCGAUCGGAUAUUGAGGGCAUCAAGAGCAAAUCGUCUCGAUCUGGACGAAGCUGGGGCGGCGUACCAUUGUCGCAGAACUACGGGGGCGACCGUAAUCAAGGAUACGGACAAGACCGUCGUCGGGGUCGUGGGGGUGGGCCCAUCAACUACGGUCCCCCGGGACGAAACGGUUACCAACCACCGAACGCUUUUCCGCCCCCCAGCCACCCUUUACGAAACGCUCACGGCGUGAAUGACGGCGUGGCACCCCCGGGGCCUCCAUUGCACUGGCAUCCUCCCCCGCCCGGACACCCAGGCUUCGGCAUGGGCUUACCCCCUCCCCCUCCACCUCCGGCUGCACACUUCAACGGGGGCCAUCGAGGGGGCUACCAUGGAGGACCAUAUCCUCACACGGAUCAUAACUACGGUGCACCUUCAUCGCAUUCAGGGCAACAACGUGGCUUUGGCAACCAUGCACCUAGAGGUCACGGAAGCUACCAACCAGGCAGGAACGCGCAUGACAGACAUCGGGGCAACAGACAGCAGUCGUAUCGCAGGUGAUGUGGAAAACGGGAGAAUGGCGGAACAUGGUACUAGUUUUGUAAUUUACUGGGAGGAGUUUUGGGUUGCUGACUGCUUACCACCUAUACCUAUACGGGAUGUUCUCCCAGACAGUUCCAUAAAAUGUAAUUUCCCGUCUACGCCACGCACCGGCCAGUGAUGUUUCCGCGUAUUUUACGAUUUUACCACCCAAUCCUACUGUGAAAGAACAAGAUCCACUAGGGGUUUGGGGGUCAGUAAGACAUUGCAGCAACGCACGGGGUCAAGUCGCGUAUGAGAUAGGGAUUGGGAACAAAUUGCAGUCAACGUCGGUAAGAGGAGUAUCAGCUAGCCACC